AGCUGACUCUGCUACAGGGGCAAAGUAUUAAAAAAUGUCAGCAAAGCAUCUUAAAGAAGCAUUUGUAACCAAUCACAACGGGACCAGCAUUACAGAGAUCUCAUCAGGCUUGAGUGUAACGACUCUUUGCAUCCUAUUCCGAGGAUUGCUCCUUAUUAGCCUCUAUCAUAAAUCUGGUACAAUAAGUAGCUCAUGGAAAGGUUACUUUUUAAUUGAUUACAUUCUCUUGGUACUUCCACUGGUACUGUCAUGCACAAUCUUCUCUGAUGUCCUACACAUAGUUUUGCUGUCUAUUGCAGCACUUUGUUUACUGCUGUUUUACGUCAUAAGCAGAAAGAGAAAUAAAUCUAUCAAGACAUCCCUGUAUCAAAUCUGCCAGUCCUUCCUGAAUGCACAGGUGGGAAAUGGGGCUAUCCCAGCUGUUACAACUUUGCGUGUGUUCCUCAAUGUACUUACUGCAGUUGCUAUUCUGGGUGUGGAUUUCCCUUUAUUCCCUAGGCGUUAUGCGAAAACCGAGACAUACGGAACUGGGGUGAUGGACUUAGGAGUUGGAUGCUAUGUCUUUGGGAAUGCUCUCGUUUCUCCAGAAGCCAGAACACAAGAAAGAGCGACAUGCUCAGGUUUUUUUAGAGUAAGAAAACAGAUUCUGUCAGUUUGGCCGCUAAUUGUUCUUGGACUUGCACGACUAAUAAGUGUGAAAGCGGUCGAUUAUCAAGAACAUGUAUCUGAAUAUGGUGUCCAUUGGAACUUCUUUUUCACUCUGGCAGUUGUUAGGAUUUUAUCAUCGCUGCUAUUGACAUUACUGUCACCUCAGAAAAGCUGGCUUAUAGCUGCCACCAUCAUUAUAGUCUAUCAGUUGUUUUUGGAAGUGACUGAUCUAAAGAGUUUCCUUAUAUACGGCACUGAUGGUCAGGGCGCAAGAGUUGGUUUCUUAAAUGCAAACAGAGAGGGUGUUUUUUCUGUGAUUGGCUAUGUUGGAAUAUACAUGAUCGGAGUUCAAGUUGGACUAUAUGUUCUGAAGAAGAGGGUGUUGGUAAAGGAAUGGAUCCAGGUCACCUGCAGCUUGGCAGUUCUGUCUUCUGUGUUGUUUAUCUGCACAAUUGGGUUCCAGAUUUAUGUAGAACCUGUGUCCCGCAGAAUGGCCAAUUUGCCUUUUUGCAUAUGGAUUGUUGGUCAGUGUGUGGCUUGGCUGUGCUCAUUUUUAAUAUGUGACCUGAUUUUGGCAUUAGCUGAGUAUAUGACUCCUGGUAGUCAUGUACCAAGCACAUGGAACACUCGCAAAUCUUCACAAUCCUCUGUCAAAAAGGUUACCCCUAACAGAGAUUCAAAAAAGGAAGUUCAUCAAUGCCUUAUUGAAGCCAUCAACAAAAAUCAAUUGCUUUACUUCUUGAUUGUUAAUAUAUUAACUGGAAUAGUGAACAUGACAGUUGAUACCAUUCACAGCAGUGAUUUGUUUUCUCUCUUUGUGCUAAUCACUUAUAUGUUUACAAAUUGCCUGAUUGUAUACCUUUUAUGCAUCAACAAUAUUACUGUUAAGUUCUGGUGA